GCUGUUCUUUCUUUCUCUCCUUUUCUCUCUCUUCUCUUUCUCUCAUCUUCAACUUCUUCCUCCUUUGCUUUUUUCUAUCAUUUUCGCUGAUUUGACCAGUCGUAUUCGCUAUGGAUAAGACAUGGGAAGCAAUCCAAAAGAAAACUUUCACGAAAUGGGUGAAUACGAAACUUGAGAUGGGCCGUGUUCCUCACAUUCAAGAUCUCAGCAAUGACCUGGCCAAUGGCGUUCGGCUAAUCCAACUUCUGGAAAUCAUUGGCGGAAGUGACACAACGCUGGGCCGCUACAGCACCAAUCCACGUAUGCGGAUCCAGUGCGUGGAGAAUGUCAACAAGGCCCUGAACUUUGUUAUGGAACGGGGCGUGCCACUGACCAACAUUGGCGCGGAAGACAUCGUUGAUAAAAACCUAAAGCUGGUGCUGGGCAUGCUGUGGAUGAUCAUUUUGCGCUUCACUAUUGAUGAUAUCAGUCAAGACGGUAAAAGUGCCAAGGAAGGUCUGUUGCUAUGGUGUCAGCGCAAGACCGUCAAUUACAAAGAAGUCAAUGUACGCGAUUUCACGCAUAGCUGGAAGGAUGGUUUGGCUUUUUGUGCCCUCAUUCAUCGUCAUCGCCCUGACCUAUUGGACUACGAUGCCUUGGAUUUCUCUAAACGACAUGAAAAUACGGCGCUCGCUUUUGAAGUCGCAGAAAAAUAUCUUGACAUUCCAAAACUGCUGGAUGUUGAGGAUGUUUGUGAUAUCGAAAAGCCGGAUGAAAAAUCUGUCAUGACCUAUGUUGCUCAAUAUUUCCAUGCCUUUUCAUCACAAGACAAAGACGAGACUGCCGGACGUCGGGUGGCCAAGUUUGCAGAUGUGUUGCACUCAAUUUGGAAGAUGCAGCAUAGCUAUGAGGAACGUGUUACUGCUCUGAUCCAAGCUGUCCGUAGUGCACAGAGACGGUGGCAGCAGACAAAGCUGACGGAUUCUUAUGCGGAGACCAAGCAAAAGGGAGUCGAGUUUGCAACGUACAAGAGCACACAAAAGCGAGAAUGGGUCUCGGAAAAACGCGAGUUGGACACCUUGCUAGGCAACAUCCAAACCAAACUAAAGACGUACAAUCUCAAGCCUUAUUUCCCACCGGAUGGAUUAACGUUAAGGGACUUGGAUAAUGUUUGGAGGGAUUUGCUGGAGGAUGAAGCCAUUUACCACCGGAAUAUCAAUAGCAAGAUACGCGAAAUCAAGGAGAACCUUCGUAAAGCAUAUGCUAACGCUGCCAAUGAAUUCCAGCAAAAGCUGGAUACCAUUUCUGCUGAGCUCGCUGCACUUGAUGGGGAUCUUGAGAACCAACUCAAUUGCGUCGUUGGACUGUCGCAAGAAUUCGGACCAUUACAGAAAAAACUGCAAGCCAUAGAAACUCUGGAUCAAGCCUGUUUGGAAGCCAACACUGAAGAAAACGACUAUACCGUAUAUUCACUGGAAGAUCUUACAUUUGAGCUUGGCCUUGUCGAGCGGGCCAUCCGGAAAAAGAUUGCCUUUAUUGAAAACCAGAGUAUAUCACGCAACAUGACCAACUUGACGCCAGCCCAGCUGGAGGAGUUCGAACAUGCCUUCCGCCACUUUGCCAACGACCACAACACCCUAUCGAUAGAAGGAUUCCGGGCUGCCUUGGCUAGUUUAGGUCUGUUUUACGACGACUAUGAAAUGGGGCUUUUGUUCGACCAUACAUCGCAGAAUCACGAAAGCAUCAGAUUCGAACAGUUUAUUCAGUUUAUGGUAUCGAUCACCGAAGAUAAGUCGACGCCCGAGCAGCUUCAAGAUGCGUUCCAGACGAUCGCAGGUGACAAGCCCUAUGUCACUGAACUGGAUCUGAAACGGUGCAUGAUGACGGAGCCAGACGUCGACUAUCUGGUGCGGGAGAUGCCUACUGUCACUCUGUCGGAUAAUGAUAUGGGAUUAGACUAUAGUUCAUAUGUAGACCAGAUGUUCAAAUAAGGCCAUCAUAUCAUUCAUUUCUCAAAACUACACAUGAUUUUUAUAUUUCUCACACAAUGUAUACACACGUUCAACACAGACACACACUCACACUAAAGCACACUGCAAGUUAUAAAAAAGAUUGCAUAAAAUGAGU